UUGGCCUCAGGGGGGCAAUGAUGAUGCGGGAGACACGAUCUGUUUGAGGCACCUGCGCAGUUUCACCGUGCCGACAUUGAAGCGGUAUGAAAAAGCCACCCAUUCUUGUGAAUGAAGAGACGUCAUGAGCACAAAUCCCUCCCACUCAUUCGGACCGCGUGUCCGUUGCCUUCCUCUUCAGUGAAGCCUUAAAAAGGCAGCCAACACCCCCUAUGGAAGAGGCACCUGAACAAGAUUCACAGCAGUGCCAGCACCCGUCCCAGAAAUCCUUGUCAGGCAGAUCAGAUCCACAUCAGUAUGUGGAGCUCGCUGGUGCUCGGCUGGUGGGUCCUGUGUGGAACCCAGGCUUUGGCGGGGGCUGUGCAUGGGAGUGGCCGUCCCCAGGAGACUCCAUCCAGCCUGCUAAUGUCAGGGAAAGAGUCACCGUUCCUGUCCAGCAUAGGGGGAGGGCCGUAUCACAGACUUGGCCCUGAGCGCUUCGUCAUUGAGUCUGAGGAGCUGCUGGUGGAGGACACUGGACUGUACAACGAAGCGGAGGACGUGUCUGAGUUGCUGCCCCUGCAGAGCCGGUCGGUGCGCUCCCCCCGUCGCUGUUUCCGCCACGGCGAGUCCUGCCUGGGCCACCAGCUCCCCUGCUGCGACGCCUGCGACACCUGCUACUGCCGCUUCUUCAACGCCAUCUGCUACUGCCGCAGCAUUGGGCAGGCCUGUUCCCACGGGCGCCAUUAACUGCCUGGCUGCAGAACCCGCCCCCAAAA